AAUGCCUAUCUGUGUGAAAAUUAGUCAUGUUAUUUUACCCUUCCUUACAGUCACCUCUACCACAUGAACCCACGAAAUGACACAGAAAUUUCAGAAUUUCUUCUCCUGGGAUUUUCAGAGGAACGAGCACUGCAGCCCCUCAUCUUUGGGCUUUUCCUCUCCAUGUACCUGAUCACUGUGCUUGGAAACCUGCUCAUCAUCCUGGCUGUGUGCUCAGACUCCCACCUCCACACCCCCAUGUACUUCUUCCUCUCCAACCUGUCCUUUGUAGACAUCUGUUUCAGCUCCACCACCAUCCCAAAGAUGCUGUGGAACAUCCAGACACAGAGCAAAGUUAUAACUUAUGAAGGUUGCAUCACACAGAUGUAUUUUUUUGUACUCUUUGCAGUGUUAGACAACUUCCUCCUGACCGUGAUGGCCUACGACCGCUUUGUGGCCAUCUGCCACCCUCUGCACUACACGGUCAUCAUGAGCCCCCGGCUCUGUGCACUGCUGGUGCUGGUGUCCUGGGUCAUGAGUGCCCUGCAUUCCUUGUUAGAAAGCUUAAUGGUGUUGCGACUAUCCUUCUGUACAGACUUGCACAUCCCUCACUUUUUCUGUGAACUCAAUCAAAUGGUACAACUUGCUUGUUCUGACACCUUUCCCAAUAACAUGGUGAUGUGUUUUGCAGCUGUCCUGCUGGGUGUUGGUUCUCUUACUGGUAUCCUUUACUCAUAUUCUAAGAUAGUGUCCUCCAUAUAUGGAAUUUCAUCAUCUCAGGGGAGGUAUAAGGCCCUUUCCACCUGUGCAUCUCACCUCUCAGUAGUCUCUUUAUUUUAUUGUACGAGCUUAGGAGUGUAUAUGAGCUCUGCUGCUACCCACAGUUCCCAUUCAAAUGCAAAAGCCUCAGUGAUGUACACUGUGGUCACACCCAUGCUGAACCCCUUCAUCUACAGUCUGAGGAACAAAGACAUAAAGAGGGCUCUGAAAAUGUUCUUGGGGAAGGCAACUCUAAAAGGACAUGUGGUCCUAAGGCUUAAGAAGUGCCCAUGA